GGCGGGGGCUCCCGGCGGGGGGCGGCGGUGGGUCGGGAGGGCCUGGACAUGGCGCUGAGGGGCUGCCCCGCGGGAAGAUGAAUAAGGGCUGGCUGGAGCUGGAGAGCGACCCUGGCCUCUUCACCCUCCUGGUGGAAGAUUUCGGUGUCAAAGGGGUGCAAGUGGAGGAGAUCUAUGACCUUCAGAGCAAAUGCCAGGGCCCCGUGUAUGGAUUCAUCUUCCUGUUCAAAUGGAUCGAAGAGCGCCGAUCCCGUCGCAAGGUCUCUACCUUGGUGGAUGAUACAUCUGUGAUUGAUGAUGAUAUUGUGAAUAACAUGUUCUUUGCCCACCAGCUGAUCCCCAACUCUUGUGCCACUCAUGCCCUGCUGAGCGUGCUCCUGAACUGCAGCAAUGUGGACCUGGGGCCCACCCUGAGUCGCAUGAAGGACUUCACCAAAGGCUUCAGCCCUGAGAGCAAAGGAUAUGCGAUUGGCAAUGCUCCAGAGUUGGCCAAGGCACAUAAUAGCCAUGCCAGGCCUGAGCCACGCCAUCUCCCCGAGAAGCAGAAUGGCCUUAGUGCUGUGCGGACCAUGGAGGCAUUCCACUUUGUCAGCUAUGUGCCUAUCACAGGCCGGCUUUUUGAGCUGGAUGGGCUGAAGGUUUACCCCAUUGACCAUGGGCCUUGGGGGGAGGAUGAGGAGUGGACAGACAAGGCCCGGAGGGUCAUCAUGGAGCGUAUCGGCCUCGCCACUGCAGGGGAGCCCUACCAUGACAUCCGCUUCAACCUGAUGGCGGUGGUGCCUGACCGCAGGAUCAAGUAUGAGGCCAGGCUGCACGUUCUGAAGGUGAACCGUCAGACAGUACUGGAGGCCCUGCAGCAGCUGAUUAGGGUAACGCAGCCAGAGCUGAUUCAGACCCACAAGUCUCAAGAGUCACAGUUGCCUGAAGAGACCAAAGCAGUCAGCAGCAAGUCCCCUCUGGCCCUGGAAACAAGCAGGGCCCCAGCGGCCUCUGAGGGCACCCACACAGAUGGUGUGGAGGAGGUGGCUGGUUCGUGCCCACAAGCCCUGACCCACAGCCCUCCCAGCAAACCCAAGCUGGUGGUGAAGCCUCCAGGGAGCAGCAUCAAUGGGGUUCCCCCAAACCCCACUCCUAUCGUCCAGCGGCUGCCAGCCUUUCUGGACAAUCACAACUAUGCCAAGUCCCCCAUGCAGGAGGAGGAAGACCUGGCAGCAGGUGUGGGCCGCAGCCGAGUUCCAGUCCGCCCACCCCAGCAGUACUCAGAUGACGAGGACGACUACGAGGAUGACGAGGAGGAUGACGUGCAGAACACCAACUCCGCCAUCAGGUAUAAGCGAAAGGGGCCGGGGAAACCAGGGCCAUUGAGUGGCUCUGGGGAUGGGCAGCUGUCGGUGCUGCAGCCCAACACCAUCAACGUCUUGGCCGAGAAGCUCAAAGAGUCCCAGAAAGACCUCUCAAUUCCUCUGUCCAUCAAGACGAGCAGCGGGGCCGGGAGUCCAGCUGUGGCAGUGCCCACGCACUCACAGCCCUCGCCCACCCCCAGCAAUGAGAGCACUGACACAGCCUCUGAGAUCGGCAGCGCUUUCAAUUCGCCACUACGCUCGCCUAUCCGCUCGGCCAACCCCACGCGGCCCUCUAGCCCCGUCACCUCCCACAUCUCCAAGGUGCUUUUUGGAGAGGACGACAGCCUGCUGCGUGUUGACUGCAUACGCUACAAUCGUGCUGUACGCGACCUGGGUCCUGUCAUCAGCACGGGCCUGCUGCACCUGGCUGAGGAUGGUGUGCUGAGUCCUCUGGCCCUGACAGAGAGUGGGAAGGGUUCCUCACCUUCCAUCAGACCGAGCCAAGGCAGCCAGGGGUCUGGUAGCCCAGAGGAGAAAGAGGUGGUGGAGGCUGUGGAUAGCAGAGAGAAGCCUGGGCUGGUCAGGCCUAGUGAGCCCUUGAGCGGGGAGAAGUACUCACCCAAGGAGCUGCUGGCACUGCUGAAGUGUGUGGAGGCUGAGAUUGCAAACUACGAGGCCUGCCUCAAGGAAGAGGUGGAGAAGAGGAAGAAAUUCAAGGUGGGCCCUCUCUCCAGCUGCCUGGUCCUCUGCCCACCUGUCUUCCCAGAGAUCGACGACCAGAGAAGAACACACAACUACGAUGAGUUCAUCUGCACCUUCAUCUCCAUGCUGGCUCAGGAAGGCAUGCUGGCCAACCUGGUGGAGCAGAACAUCUCGGUGCGGCGGCGCCAGGGGGUCAGCAUUGGCCGACUCCACAAGCAGCGGAAGCCUGACCGGCGGAAACGCUCACGCCCCUACAAGGCCAAGCGCCAGUGAGGACUGCUGGCCCUGACCCUGCCGCUCACUCUUGCCACAUGGCCCUCACCAGGGCCCUCCCCUGCCCCACUCUCCCUCUUCCCAGUAUUACCGAAUAGUUCCAGUCAGAGAGCCCAGACCCUGGGAAUAGGAGCCAGGCCAGGAUUCUCUGCACGGUACCCCAGUGCCUGCCAGGGCAGGGCUGCCCCGUCAUGCUCUGGAAGCAGGAGCUGGGGCACAGGGAGGUGCUGCAGCUUCCUCCACAGCCGGCUGUGGAGUGGCAGGACCUGGCCUUUCUGCCUGGGCAGCAGAAUAUAUAUUUUACCUACAGAGACGUCUAUUUUUCUGGGCUCUAACCCAUCUUGCCACCACUGUGUUGACAUAGUCAGCUUCCUGACUCUGAGUUCUCUCCUAACAGCUGUCAUCCUGGAGGGCCGGGGUCACUCCUGCAGGGUCACAGCUGGGGGCCCUGCUGCUCUGGCCCCAGUUGUCCCUGUUGCGAGAAAGCCAGGUCUGCUCUCCGUUCCUCCUGGGAGAGCUCCAAACUCAGGGACCUGGCUGCUGGGCUAGACUGGGAGUGGGGUAUUCCAGCGGGGGCAGGGUGAGCAGCCUGCUUGGGUCCCAUGGCCUGAGCAGAGAGGAGUGUUUGAGCUGUUUGGUGGCCUGGCUUUGGCCAGG